AUGUCGAUCGACUUUCCGAAGGAGGAGGAGGCCAUCAUCGCUCGAUGGCGCGAGAUUAAGGCCUUUGAGCGGCAGGUCGAGCUCUCUAAAGGAAACCCCAACUAUACCUUCUACGAUGGGCCACCAUUCGCGACCGGCCUCCCCCAUUAUGGCCAUCUUCUCGCCUCCACCAUCAAAGACAUUAUCCCCAGGUAUUGGUCCAUGAAGGGCUUCCAUGUUGAGCGUCGGUUCGGCUGGGAUACCCACGGCCUACCCAUUGAGCAUGAGAUCGACAAGAAGCUCCAUAUCUCGGGCAAGGCUGCUGUCAUGGAGAUGGGUUUGGAGAAGUACAACGCCGAAUGCCGGGCUAUCGUGAUGAGGUAUAGCGAGGAGUGGAGGCAUACGAUCGAACGGCUGGGCCGUUGGAUCGACUUUGACAACGACUACAAGACUAUGGACCCCACGUUUAUGGAAACUGAGUGGUGGGUGUUCAAGCAGCUGUUCGACAAGGGGCAAGUGUAUCAGGGGCACCGAGUGAUGCCGUAUUCGACCUCCCUCACGACUGCCCUCAGCAAUUUUGAGGCAAACCAAAACUACCAAGACGUUACCGAUCCCGCUAUCGUUGUCGCAUUCCCUCUCGAUGAUGACCCGGAAACCAGCCUUCUCGCCUGGACGACGACACCAUGGACUAUGCCCUCCCAUCUCGGACUAGCAGCCCACCCAGAGUUUGAAUACGUCAAGAUCCACGACGAGAAGACUGGAAAGCACUACAUCUUGCUGGAGAAGCUUCUUGGGACUUUGUACAAGGACCCCAAGAAGGCCAAGUUCAAGGUGGUCCAGAAGCUCAAGGGCAAGGAUAUGCUUGGGUGGAAGUAUCAGCCACCGUUCAACUAUUUUUACGAGGAGUACAAGGAUGUGGCGUUUAGGGUCCUCAAUGCUACCUAUGUCACCGACGACAGCGGUACCGGUAUCGUCCACCAAGCCCCCGCCUUCGGUGAGGACGAUUACAACGUCGCCAUCGAGAACGGCAUUGUUACCGAGAGACGCCCGCCCCCCGAUCCUGUCGAUGAUACUGGCCGCUUUACCAGCAAGGUGUCCGACUUUGCCGGAAUGGGUGUCAAGGAGGCCGACAAACACAUCAUCAAGUAUCUGAAGAACUCCGGGAGAUUGGUGGUCGAGUCGCAACUCAAGCACUCGUAUCCCAUGUGUUACCGCUCCGAUACCCCUCUAAUCUACAAGGCGGUGCCCUCCUGGUUCGUGCGCAUCCCCGAAAUCAUUCCCCAGAUGCUCGAGAACAUUGAGGGAUCCCACUGGGUUCCGUCUUUUGUGAAGGAGAAGCGCUUCGCUAGCUGGAUUUCCAACGCCCGCGACUGGAACGUGUCUAGAAAUCGGUAUUGGGGCACUCCUAUCCCGCUGUGGGUGAGCGACGACCUAGAAGAGCGCGUGUGCAUUGGCAGCAUCGCCGAGCUCAAGGAGUUGAGUGGAUACGAGGGCGAAAUCACCGAUCUCCAUCGUGACAAGAUCGACCACAUCACCAUCCCCAGCAAGAAAGGCAAGGGCACUUUGAGGAGAAUCGAGGAGGUUUUUGACUGCUGGUUCGAAUCUGGAAGCAUGCCCUACGCUAGCAAGCACUAUCCUUUCGAGAACCGCGAAGAAUUUGAAAAGUCUUUCCCCGGCGACUUCAUCGCUGAAGGCCUCGACCAAACCAGAGGGUGGUUUUACACGCUCCUGGUUCUUGGCACGCACUUGUUUGGCGUUUCGCCCUUCAAGAACUGUGUCGUCAACGGUAUCGUCCUGGCGGAAAACGGCAAGAAGAUGUCAAAGCGUCUGCAGAACUACCCCGAUCCGAACAUUGUGAUGUCCGAAUACGGAUCUGAUGCUCUCCGUCUAUACCUCAUCAACUCGCCCGUGGUACGCGCCGAACCUCUCAGGUUCAAGGAGUCUGGCGUGAAAGAGGUCGUCGCGAAGGUACUCCUCCCGCUCUGGAACAGUUACAAGUUCUUUGAGGGGCAGGUCAAUUUGUUGAAGAAGGUGGAGAACGUUGACUACCGGUUCGACUCGAGCAUGGAGACCUCCAACACCAACGUGAUGGACAAGUGGAUCCUGGCCAGCUGCCAGAGCUUACUCAAGUUUGUCAACGAGGAGAUGGCAGCUUACCGCCUGUACACGGUUGUACCCAAGCUUCUCGAGCUGAUUGACAACACAACAAAUUGGUACAUUCGAUUCAACCGAAAGCGCCUCAAGGGCGAGAAUGGGCUCGAUGAUACCCUCCACGCCCUGAACACACUGUUCGAGGUUCUGUUUACCCUGUGCCGUGGCCUCGCGCCUUUUACGCCUUUCCUUACCGAGACUAUCUACCUGCGGCUCCUCCCUCAUAUGACUGAGAAGCCGGGUCAAGAUGCUCGUAGUAUCCACUUCCUGCCUUUCCCCGAAGUCCGGCAGGAGCUUUUCAACGUCGACAUCGAGCGUCGGGUGCAGCGGAUGCAAAAAGUCAUUGAGCUCGCGAGAUACUCCCGUGAGAGGGGUACCAUUGGUCUGAAGCAGCCGCUGAAGACGCUUAUUGUCAUCCAUCAUGACCCCCAAUACCUACAAGAUGUGGAGUCGCUUCAGGGAUACAUCACCGAAGAGCUCAACGUUCACGAUCUCGUGUUGACGUCGGAUGAGGCCAAGUAUGGAGUCCAAUACAGUGUCACGGCCGAUUGGCCCGUGCUCGGCAAGAAGCUCAAGAAAGACAUGGGCCGCGUCAAGAAGGCCCUCCCGAACGUCACCAGUGAUGAAGCUCAUGGAUAUGCCACCAGCGGCAAGCUCGUUGUCGACGGCAUCACGCUCUUGGAGGGUGACCUAGUCGUCAGGCGUGGGCUUAAGGAAGACGAGGCGUCCAAGAACCUCGAGACCAACACGGACAACGAUGUCCUCACCAUCCUCGACACCGAGAUCUACCCCGGCCUCGCCGAGGAGGGUCUUGCUCGCGAGAUUAUCAGCCGGGUACAGCGUCUGCGCAAGAAGGCCGGCCUGCAGACCACAGAUGAUAUCAAGAUGGAGUACAAGGUCCUGGCUGAUCCGGAAGAGAUUGGCCUUGCGAAGGUGUUUGAGACACACCAGCCGACCAUUGCCAAGGCGUUGAGGAGGCCGCUCGAUAAACACGAAGUAACACACGUAGAGGGCCAGAUCCCAGCGGAGAAGGAGGAGGGCAUCAUUGCUGAGGAGGAACAAGAGGUGAACAAGGCCACCUUCUUGUUACGGCUUCUGAGGCUGUAG